AUGCAAUCCAAAAUAAUCUCCUUCUUCAAGCCUCCUCUUCCUUCUUCUGCAUUAACUGAGCGCUCAAAUUCAUCUACGCAGUUCUGCGGUGACGAGAACGAUGAAUUGGCCAUCUGGGAGAAGAGUCAACACACCAUUGUCAACACCUACACGCGUAGAGCUUCAGAAUUUCAUGGGAUUGACAGGAAAAAGGAAGCAAGCGAUGAGAAAUCGGAAAAACCCACUUCGGAGAAUAGGUUGUCAAUGGAAGAAUGCGGUUCAAAUGGGAGAAAUCUGAAUAAGAAGAGAAGUUACGCACAGUUCCAUUUGGAGUUCGGUCAAUCUAAUUUUCUUCUCCAUGACUGUUCAACUUGCGGGGUCAAGUACUCUCCGGGGGAUGAAGCUGAUGAAAAGAACCAUACAAUUUUUCAUAAGAAUUUCACUCUUGGGAUUCAAUUCAAGGGAUGGAGACACGAGAGGGUUGUUCAUACGCCCAAUGGCGAACGUGGUCGGGUCAUUUUGGUGUUGGAUUCUGAUCCUGCUGCUCAGAGGAACAAGGUGCAAGAAGUUGUGAAGAUGAUGGAGACUGAGCUUGGUGAGGGCUGGAUUUUUCACAAGCUUUGCAGGGUAUAUCUAUUCAUUUCGUCCCAACGGAUUGCUGGAUGUGUAGUUGCAGAACCAAUAAAGGAAGCUUUUGAAGUCCUCUUGUGUCCGGUUGGUGCAAUGGCGAAGAAAGCGAGGCCGAACUCCGACAAGCUUCGGUUUGGGGACAUUGUUUUACGGAGGGAAGUAAUAAAAAGAGCACCUUCAGAGGCAUGCAAUGGGGCGGUUGUGUGUAAAAGGGAAGCGGUACGCGCUGUUUGUGGCAUACGAGCAAUAUGGGUGUCUCCAUACAACAGGAGAAAAGGCAUCGCCACUCAAAUGUUGGAAGCAGUAAGGGAAAGCUUCUGUAGGGGACAUAUGAUUGGAAAAGCUGAGUUGGCGUUUUCUGAACCGAGUUCGGAUGGAAAAGCUUUGGCGUCCAACUAUAUAGGCACCGGCACUUUCUUGGUGUAUAAAACUGGCAAUCUGUGCCGCUAG